ACUAGUGGCAAAUUAAUGGAGUUGUACGUUUCUUCUUAUUACUUCUCAGUUCUCAUUUUGCUUUCCUAUUUUAGAUUUUACAGGAGAAGCUGCGAAGUAGUAAUUUGGAUCCAAGAGAGGUUGCCAUUGCUGUGGAAGGCCAGCGGCGAGAUUUCCCUCAAGGAAUUCCCGAAUGUGGCACAGAUGCUUUGAGGUUUGCCCUCUGCACAUACUGUGCACAAGGCAAUGGCAUUAACCUGGAUGUAGCCACAGUGGAGAAUGCUAAUCGCUUUUGCAACAAGGUGUGGAAUGCCAUGAAGUUCACUUUGGCAGCCUUGGGAGAAGGAUUUAACCCACUGGAUCCAGAGGAGGUCUUCCCUAGCUCCCCAAUGGAUAAGUGGAUUCUCAGUCGUUGCUAUCACACAGCAGUAGACUGUGCUCGCUGGUUUGAGGAAUAUGAGCUGCAUUCUGUUGCCUCUUCAGUUCAUCUUUUCUGGCUGUGUGAUUUUUGUGAUGUCUACUUGGAAUCUGUAAAACCCAUAUUGAGGAGCGGGGAUCCAUCUCGGCUCCUAGCCACCCGCCAGACUUUGUACAGCUCUGUGGACUUGGCUCUGCGCCUCCUGUCUCCCUUUAUGCCUUUCCUCACAGAGGAGCUAUGGCAGCGACUUCCCAAGAAGAGCUCCGGGUCUCCUCCCAGCAUCUGUGUGGCCAGAUACCCCAGCAAAGAACACCUGACUCAUUGGUGUCAUCCAGAGGAAGAGACAAACUUUCUGUUGGUACAGGAAGUCAUCAAAGUAGUGCGAAAUAUAAGGGCGACAUAUCAGCUCACUAAAGCUCGGCCCGCAGUGUACCUCAUGUGCCAAGAGGCAGUUCCAUUUGGUGCCUAUAAGAACUACCAAGAAGCAUUGCAAACUUUGUCCUUGGCUGGAUCUCUGAGGCUUCUUCCAGACAUUGAAGGAGCAGAGCCACCUGCAAGCUGUGUGGUUGCGAGGGCAAACAAUCACACUGACAUCUAUGUAGAUCUCCAGGGAUUAGUUGACCCCCAGAAGGAACUCUUCAAAUUGACAUCUCGGCAGCAGAAACUGGACCGGCAGCUGGCAGAUCUCACAGUACGGAUGGAAGAGAGCAGGUAUCAGGAACAGGUCUCCCUCAAGGCCAGGACUGCCCACCAGCAAAAGAUCUCCUUGCUUCGCUCAGAGUUGGAGAAGGUGGAACAGGCUGUAACAACCUUUCAGAAGAUGACUAUGAAGUAAAGAUUGCCUUUGGAUAGGAACGAGUAAUGAGAACCAGCAGAAUUAAAUGUAUUCCAGAUAACUGGAUACAUUCUGAGACGGUAGAGACCAAGCACUGGGGAAACUCCUGGAAAGUUCAUAGAGUCCUGAAGCAACACAUUUUGUGAUGGAGCUCAUCUGCUGAGAUCAGUGUGUACUGGCUUCGUUUGGCCAUUGGGAGUCAACAGCUAAAUUCUAGAAACCUCUUUAUGCAGAGUUGCAACAAAACACAUAGCACUUCCAUAAAAGGGAUAUUUCUGUGUAGCAAAGUUCAACUCGGUUGCAAGGGUUGAGAGCCAUAAGAAGGUAUAAAAACUCCUGUUUGACCAGUAGUGGUCACUCUUUUGACUCAGGAAAGCCACAUAUUAUUCAUAUUUCUUGGAAGAUAUAGCGUCAGAUAUUAAAAUUCUCUCUGCAUUCUGCCUGAUUCUUCUCAAGUGAUGAAUUCACACACUGUGUAUAUAUAAUUCC